AUGGAACAAAAAAUGAUGCGGUUUCUUUUGUUUUGGUUCUUUGUGGUUACUGUUGCUAGUUUACAUGGUGUGCGGGGGUCCCACUUUGCUGUGGCUCCUCCGACAAGAAUAUGGAGUGUUUUGAACCGUCUGUUACAUGGGUCUUCUUUACGUUCCAGGGUGUUGAAUGAUCUUUAUCCUUUGGUUACAGGUGUAGAGGAAGGCGUUGAUGCGUAUGCUGAAGAUGGUGAGCUUGUCGAUUUGGUUGCUGAUGUGCUUGUUGAUAAAUUCGAUUUGCCAGAAAUGGCAUCCCUCUUUCUACAUUAUUACGAUUUGUAUCCUAUGGGUUUCCCAUCUGGUAAUCAAACGUUUAAUAACGAGAACUAUUUUAUUUUAAAUGGUCAGAAAUUUUUAAAUGCAGAAGAUAUUUUUUACUUCAAAACUGGAGAUUUAAAAGCACAGUCAAAAAUACCAGACUCACAAAUCGUCCAAGACAAUGACGUUGUGAUCGGCAAAGAUCCAACAGCUCCUAUAUGUAUCUUAUAUGGUUGUCCCUCUCCUGGCGAUGACUCUGAAAACUCGUUUGAUGCUUUUAAUAGAAAUUUAUACAGCGAUGCCGUCAAUACUGGGAAACUAAGAUUUAUUUGGCGCUCUACAUGUUCUUUUGAUUUCGAUGAUCCUGAACAAGAAUUAGGAUACCCUCUUGAGUUGACAAAAAGAGAAGGACUACGAAAUGCUAUUUGGAAAUGGGAUACCCCAUAUGAUAUGCCGGAACAAUUUUCCAAAGUGGGUUAUGAGAUGUAUGAGCCAAAAGUUGAAGAACUUGGGGACUUAGAUUUACGUGUCUCUUCCUUGAUUGCAAAAACAUACAAAGAAAACAAGGAUUUCAAAAAAACUUUUAAAUUGAUUAAAGGGAUCUCCAAUAAUUUCCCUCUUAUAAUCAAAGAUUUAUUAAAAUUAAAGAUUAAUAAUAAGAUAAUGGAAAGUAACGAGAAGUUUCAAAAAAGUGGAGUUGAUUAUAAUAUGCUAGGUCUUUUUAUUAACGGACAAAGUAUGAGGUAUUCAGCUUUGGAUGAUUAUUCUUUAUUGAAUGCGAUAACCAAAGAAUAUAAGAGAAUAAGUAGUUUUCAAAAUGAUUUAAAACAUUUUAAGUUAAAACAUUUUAAAAAAGCUUCUAAAUCAUUGUUGAAUAAAUUUUCUUCAAUUUCGUUAUCAAAUUUACAAGAAAUGCAGCCAAAUAAAAUUGAUUUACAUAGACAUCCAGCUUUUGCUAAUAGUAUUAUUUAUUUUAAUGAUAUUGAAAAAGACAAGCAAUAUAAAGGGUUGAGUAAAAAAAUAGAAAGGUUCUUUGAAAAAUCAAAAUUUGGUGAAGUUCCAGAAUUAAGAAAAAAUUGGAAUGAAGUGAUCUUUGUUAUAGAUUUUAAUGACUUAGAAAACUCAGUAACUCAAGAAGCAUUGGCAGGCUUGUUACGUGCCUUAACUAUUAUUGAACAAGGAUACCCACAAAGAAUUGGUUUAUUACCUCUAAAUACUGGUCUGGAUAAAAAUAUUAUCAAUUCAAUUUAUGAAUUAAAAGAAUCUAAUUUACAAAAUUUGAUAGAGUUUCUAACUCAAUUAGAGGCCAAUAAGGAGGGUGAAAGAACAGAUGAGGAAUUCCUAUUCAGUGAUUUUGAUGACGUUCCAAAUGUUGCAGAAUUAUUGAAUGAGUUACAAAUAUUUGGAACUUCUAUUAUCAUUAAUGGUGAAAUAUAUCCUUUUAAAUCGAAUACAUGGCAUUAUUUACUUACCAAAGUUAUUAAAAAAGAUGUCAACUUACUGAAAAGGGAGUUAACUAAAUAUAAAGGUCAGAAGAAAGUUGAUGUUAGAGGAAUUUUACAUUUAAAGUCUGCUACCGGUAGACAUUUUAAAUAUACUCCAGAUUAUUUUUCAGAUGCUACUUAUACUUCAAUGAAUAGUUUUGAGUUGGAUAGUCUUGAUGUGGGUAUUAUUGAUUUUAUCCCAAUUGAAGAGUAUAAUGUGUUACACACUAUCUCGUUGGUUGACGAUUUUGAAAAUGAAAUUUCCCUUGAAAGGUUGCAUAAUAUAUUGAAGGUAGGAUUUUCUGGGAUCAGGAUCAGAUUAAUUAAUACUAAUACAAAUAUCAAGAGUAAGACAUGGAAGUCCUUGCAGUUAAUAUUGAAAACUUCCAAUGACGAUAUUGAAUCGAAGUUAGUGUCCUUGAUUAAACAGGUUAGAAAAUCUAAUAAAAAUAAAGUUACCAAAUCAGAAAAUAAAUUGAAUAUUGAGCUUUUAUCGAAAUGGUUGCCUGAUAUUUCUAACAGAAUUUUAAAGAGUUCAGAUGCUUUUUUCACUAUUAACGGUAGAUUUGUUCAUUUAGAAUCUUCUGAACUUCCUUCUACUACUGAUUUUAAAAACAUUAUUCAGCGUGAGGCUAAAAGAACAAUUGAUGCCGUUAUGGUGCUGGAGGAUGAGUAUCCUGGAUUCACAGAAGAGAGAAUUGACCCAAAUCUUAUUGAAAUGGUUUCAUCGCAUUUAACAAAGUUAUUCUACCACGGAUCACAAAUUUAUGACAAUGGUAUAGAUUAUAAGACUGAAAGUACUUUACCUCGUAUGAAUCUCUCUGGAUUCUUCAAGAACAAUGGAUAUACGGUAUUUGAGCGCUCAUCAAAAAAGUCGCAACCGAUUGAACUCACCUUAGUUAUUGACCCAUUAGAAGAAAGAACGCAGAAGAUAAUGACGCUAGUGGAUAAAAUCAUGGAUCUUGAUUUUAUAAGCAUCCAAAUAGUUUUAUUACCAACUAAUGAAUUGAAAGUGGUGCCAAAUCAACGUAUUUAUAUUGAUGAUAGUUCAGAAUAUCACUCUGAGAUCCAUUCUUUAAAGAAAACAUUUAAUAUCGACAUCGAUAAUCCAUACCAAAUUACCAUUAAAAACCAUGAAAACAUUGGCUAUAAGUCAGUGGUAUUAGACGUGAAUGCAUUUAAUGAGAAGGAUCCCAUUAGUGAAAACAACAUCGAUGGCAUAUCUGGGGCAUGUCUACAACUAAUUGGUGAAAAUGGAGAAGUGAUUGACAAAACUUUUACAAUGGGUACGUUUGGUUAUGGACAAUUUCAAAUAUCAAAAUUAAGUUCGAAAUUAAAAAUUCAAAGUUGCGAUAAUAAUUUUGAGGUGGUGUCUAUCUCUAUGGACGGUAAACCGGAUUAUAUUGAAGAUGAAACCAUCGAGUUGUUAAAUUUUGACCCACACAAAGUAUACGUAAAACUAAGGAAACUGGAAUCAAAACCAAGUAAUGACGCUGAAGAUAAGACCGCGAUUAAUAUUUUCAAUAUAAUAAAUGAUGAAACAGAAAAUGAGGAAGAACAAUACAAAAAAUUCAUCACUACGAUAAGUACUCAUAACGUGGAUAACAAGAAAAUCAAUUUUUGGUUAUUAAAUGAACCUUACCUAAGUAACAAUUUACUCACCUUCAUCCAACGAUUUAAUAAUGAGCAUAACUCAAUGAGCAUUGAAUUACUUAAUUAUCAAUGGCCAACUUGGUUACGCCCACAACGAUUCAGGUCCAGAGAGAUGAAGAUUUCCAAGAUCCUGUUCAACGACGUUCUGUUUCCGAGGGAAGUAAAACAAGUGAUAUACAUGGACUUGACAGAAGAAGAACCGGUGGCAGUGGAUCCAUUUGUGAUUGCCAAGAGAUUAAAUCAACAACGGGACCAGGACUAUUCAUUCCGGAUGGUGAAGAUGGAAGGCACGGGAUAUUGGGACGAAGGGUAUUGGUUAAAAUACAAGACCGAAAAUGAGAAUAAUAAACUGGCCUUUAACUUUUAUUCCAGCCGACCAAUAAUCGUUAUUAACAUCAAAAAACUACGAGAACAAAAGAGUGAAUUUUAUAGCGAUAAAAGUAUAGGGGAUCUAAUCAGAAUCCAUUACCAAAGGGUAUCGAAUGAUUUCAAUUCAUUGCAGAAUAUCGACCAGGACUUAUUAAACGAUCUUCAAAACCAAGUCACAAUUAGAGAAAUCGCGAAAUAUUUACUGAAGCCACUAGAGGCAAAUAGUUCUGGUUCAUCGGAUGCGAAUCUACACGAUGAGUUGUAA